GCUGAGGCCCCGGAAGGAGCAGGGCACGUAUGCACUGUCCCUGAUCUACGGGAAAACCGUGUACCACUACCUCAUCAGCCAGGACAAGGCGGGCAAAUACUGCAUUCCCGAGGGCACCAAGUUUGACACACUCUGGCAGCUGGUGGAGUAUCUGAAGCUCAAGGCCGACGGGCUCAUCUACUGCCUGAAGGAGGCCUGCCCUAACACCAGCGCCAGCGCUGCUUCGGGGGCCGCUGCUCCCACACUCCCAGCCCACCCCUCCACGUUCACCCACACUCAGAGACGGAUUGACACCCUCAACUCAGAUGGAUACACCCCUGAACCAGCACGUAUAGAAUCCCCAGACAAGCCGCGGCCGUUGCCCAUGGACACAAGCGUGUACGAGAGCCCCUACAGUGACCCUGAGGAGCUCAAGGAUCAGGAGGAGAUCCCCGUUAGCAACGUGGCUGAGCUGCUGCACCAGGUGUCCAUGGGCAUGAAGUACCUGGAGGAGAAGAACUUUGUGCACCGUGACCUGGCGGCCCGCAAUGUCCUUCUGGUCAACCGGCACUAUGCCAAGAUCAGCGACUUUGGCCUCUCCAAGGCACUGGGUGCUGACGACAGCUACUACACCGCCCGCUCAGCGGGGAAGUGGCCGCUCAAGUGGUACGCGCCCGAGUGCAUCAACUUCCGCACGUUCUCCAGCCGCAGUGACGUCUGGAGCUACGGGGUCACCAUGUGGGAGGCCUUCUCCUAUGGCCAGAAGCCCUACAAGAAAAUGAAGGGACCCGAGGUCAUGGCCUUCAUUGAGCAGGGCAGGCGGAUGGAGUGCCCUCCAGAGGGUCCACCUGAAAUGUGCACACUCUUGAGCAACUGCUGGAUCUACAAGUGGGAGGAUCGUCUGCACUUCCAGACCGUGGAGCAGCGCAUGCGGACCUAUUACUACAACUUGGCGAGCAAGUCUGAGGAGUCCCCGGGGUGCAGGCAGGGGGCCGAGGUGGCAUGUACCUGAGCUCCAGCCUGCCCAGGGCCUGCAACCCCCCACGUCCCCAGCCCCAUCCCAGGACCUGCAGUCUGGCUGAGGACUGUGGUGGGGGGGACAUCUGAGGCCUCAGGCCCACUCCAAUCUCACAUUUCCUGCCUCGCCCCCCUCCUCACUGGCUGGGGUUGUGCAUCCUGGUCCUGGGCUGAUGUUGACUGGGGGGCCCCCGAGCUGAGGGGCAUUACUUAUAACCAGGACCUCCUUCCUCUGGACAGUCCCCAGAUGGCAAGACUGGAAUCAUUGGAAUAAACCCAGCUUCCCUGUUGUUUGA